UCCAAAUCUUCUUAUAACUAAAGUUGGACACAAAUGAAAUCAUGUCUGUUGUUGUUGUUGUUUUUAAUCUCCCUUUGGUCUGACGGAGUCAGACCAACUCAAUGAAGCCGUUGACCCUUAUGAAAUCUGACACUAGCAGUGGACUGUCGAAUAUGUCGUUCCAGUCCAAUCCCAGGCAGCUCAAGAUAUGCUGUGGUGAUGCCUGGUUUUGUUGGCAUUUAGGGCAGAUGGGGAACCUCUUGGCGCUUCCAGAGAAAGUGAGACUCUUCAGAUGUCCACUGGCGAGGCGAGACAGAAGGGUGUUAGUCUGCCUGUCACAGGAAGGGAAUGUUAUUGAAGAUACUCCAGAAGCCACAGUGUUGGAAAAAGUGUUUUUGAAUCCUAUUUUUAUCCCUAGAUAUCACCUUCAGCCCAACACAGUUAAAGUUUUCAAAGAGAAAGUAUGUGUUGGGCAAGAAGAGGCACAAAAUUUAGCAUCGCUAAAGCAGCACUCAGACGAGUGGUUUUGUGAAAGAAGGAAGCGAAUAACAGGGUCCACCUGUUAUUCUCUCUUCACAUAUGCAAGGAAUAAAAAUCCAAACUGGAAAAAAAAGGUACAAUCUAUCACUGAGAAUGUUUUUGCUGGAAAUGCUGCAACUGCUUAUGGAAACGAGAUGGAAGAAAAAGCAAAAAACAUCUUUGCAUUUGAAAGCCGUGUAAAUAUUUUCAAUUUUGGACUGAUUGUCCGCAAAGAAGUUCCGUGGUUUGCCUAUAGUCCUGAUGGACUUUAUAUGAAAGAUGGGACUUUGGUUCUUUCAGAAAACCAAAUGUCCAGUAAAAAUGAAAAUGCAACAUCAGCAAUUGGCUCUUUACCCUAUGUUUAUGUUGACCCCCAGACUGGACAGUAUGCUCUAAAACCUAGGCAUGCAUAUUAUGGCCAGGUCCAGCUGGGGAUGUACUUAACAGGAGCUGUUAAGACAGUUUUAUUAUUUUUUCCUCUUUUGACAACAGCUAUGUUGUCAUUGAGGUUUUUCCAGACAAACAUGAGGGUUUUUUUGAAACACUAACAAGUGUUUAUUUUUCACAUUUUUUACCGUAUGUAAUGAAAUGAAUAUUCAAUUUAAUUUUUUUACUUAUGUUUUGCACUUGAAUAUUGUUAAUGUUAUGUAUAUAUAUGUAAAUAUUAUACA